AGCCUGAGCUGCUUAAGAUGGACCUGGCUGUGUUCUUAACCUGACCCCAUCACCUUGGCCAUGAGCGAGUGUUAUCUGUGAGUGAGGUGGCUGCAGCCCACCCGGUGUGGUUGAGUUGCAUAAAUACAGGUCUGUGACAUUGCUCAAGAUGCCUUCCCCAAAAUACUCGCCAACGAAAUGGUUAUUUUGGUGACAAUUCAUAAUAGCAAGUUAUAAUUAGAGCAAAAAUAACUAUCCUAUUUUACAGCAGUUUCUAAGCUGUCUCUUCUUCCUAUCUGGGAAGCCUGGAUUUUGUGGCUGCUUUAACCACUGUGGUACAUGUUUCUACAUAGGCUGCCCAUGCCUUGGUGCUGCUCACACUGAAGUAUAGCUAUCUCCAAAUUAUUCUUUGGAGUACGGGUUCUCUUUCAUUCUUUCCUAUCCUUCAUGUUACACUUUCUCUUUAUGUAAGUCUCUGUUCCCUCCUGCCCCAAACGUCCUAUUGCUGCUGUCUCCAGCACACCCUUUCCCAGAGCUCCUUUGCCCCUGCAGCCUCCUGCCGUAAUGUGAUGUGAUUGAGGCAUUCCCAUACAAGCUGGGUGAGCCUUUGCUAACUCCUGGCCCUCCCCUUACCACUGCUUUCAUUCACUGCCACUGUAGGUUUUCAGAUGCUUGAGCCCUGUGACAAGAGAACGUAAUUUAGGCUUUGAGAGCAGCUCCUGCUACCGAGAUCCCGGGUGUCUACUGGGACAUCAGCUCCUUGUUACUGGAAAUCACAGCAAACAGGAAUGCACUCAUGUUCUUGCUAAAAGCCUUUCGUGGCCGGAGGGACGGUUUCCUGCCUGCACUGUUGGGGCUGCAGCUCCUGGCACAGCCUGCUGAGCAGUGCGACAUCUCCUAAGUGAGCCGUUGCCAUAGGGAUCUGCCAUCCCUUGUCCUAAAAGGACUGCUGGCUCCUGGAGCCAGGUCAGCUUCCCUGCAAGGAGUGCUUAUAGUGUCCGUUACUCUCUCCUGCUCUGAUCAUCCCAGACCUCACCACAGGCUGCAAACUGAUGUUGUUCCAUGGGCUUUGCUUUCCUAAGUCUGCUCUGUGAGUUUGAGAAGCCGGGAUUUCUGAUGGCAGUAACUUCAAGCAGUUACUGUACCUUUGUGCCUUGCUCUCCAGCAACACAAUUGUUUCCCUUGUUUGCUGGUUAAGUACACUGAAUUAGCAAAAGGUGGUAGCUGUAUACUAAUUAUAGGAAAAGAUACUAAUUACAGACUGUAACAGCACUGAGUGUCCGAUAUCCACCCCAGAACCAUCUUUGUGGAGAGAAAACUGCGUGUUGGCUUUGGGAUGAGGUAUUCAGUUCCUUGUGUUGUGAUGAGUUGCCUAAAAUUGCUCUUUUAGUGCAGAAACAGAGGCUGGAGCUUUCAGUAGGGAUGCUCCCGUGGUUCCCUUUGAGGCUUUGGGGAGCAAUUCCUGCCCCUGCCUGUCUGCUGCUGUUUACAGGGAUGGAUGUGGAACAGGGCUGGCAAACAAACAUGGCCAGAAAGCUCUCUGCUCUGGCUGGGUUAUUGCAUGCCUCAGCCUCUGGGUGCAGCUGCCAUGGAGGGCUGCUGCUAUUCACCAAACACAGGUACGUUACUGUCAUCAAGUCCUCAGCGCUUGUCAGGCCUUGCUGAAUUCACAUAGAGGUAUCCAAAGCACCACAGACACAGAUGGGCACAUCGUACAGUUAAGUUACAAGGUGCCUUUUAUCUGGAUUAGUCAAAGCUGCUUAAAUGGCUGCAGAGCUGUGCUCUGUGCAGUAGGACUGCAGUGUUGCCAUCAGCUGCAGGGCUGAGGAGGGUCGGGAAGAGGGGUUGGGACGUCAGGAACGUGCACUGAAUAUCUUGCAUCCGGAUGAGUGUAUGGUAGGUUAGUUCAGCUGAGAGCACGGAUCAGGCAGGAAGCAGCAACACAAAAUGACAUCAUUCUCUUGUGGUUGGUAUGGCCAAACGCCAUCACAUCGCUCAAUGGCAAGUUCCCAAACCUGGAGAGGGCUUUGGUUAGCAGUGAGACCCAUGAGCACAGAUUCCAUGCUCAGUUUCUGUGUUCUUUGGGUGACCUGGAGCAGGUUUUGUUUCUCGUGUUAUCAGCCUCAGUGCCCAGUAUGGCAGAGCUUCACUUCUCUGUGCUGAGGAAAGGCAGUGGAGGAUCUUCUGCCUCUUACCAGGUGUUCAUCCAGUGCUCUUCUCAUAGAGGUUCAAAGAACUGUGGAAUGGUUGAGCGCUCCCUCCUUGCCUGUGUGCAGUUAUUACACGGUGGUGAUAUUUUCAACAUUAGGCAUCCAUAUUUUGCUCCUGUGUGUGUCUUUAUUGCUAGCACAUAAAAAAUGCAUGUGCUGGAAAAGAAUAAACUUAGAAAGCUGGUGGGUAAGUCAUGUAAUAUUAAUGACUGGUUCUGUCUUGGCUGGUACAUGCUAGAGUAAAUUUGUCUUCUUUUAAUACUGGGCUUCUUGGGUGUAAUUGAAUUUUUAUGGGGUUUUUUCCUGUUCAGUUCCACUUGCGAAGCAAGCACCGAGCACCUGGGUGAAACAGAUGCAGCCAGUCUUUAAUGAUGCCAGCAUGGAAAAAGAUUCCUUUUCUUUAUGUCAGUGGUUGCAAUUGUGCCUGUAAAUAGGUCAGGCAGAGCAAUGUGCUGGAGCAGAGCAGAGGCACUGAGGGUGGACCUCUAAAAUGAUGAGCUGAGGCAGUCAGGCUGUUUCCUACAGUGCUAUCGCUGGCUGGCACAGAGGGAGCAGGAAGGAAGGGGCUGUGAAAGGAGAAGUGUGAGGCAGGGAGGGAUUGGUGGGACACAGAGCCCCACGGAAAUGGGCUGAGGGCUGCCAAUGGGACCUCCUGCACCCCUUCUCUACUGGAACAGGUUGCCCAAGGAGGCUGUGGAUGCCCCAUCCCUGGAGGCAUUCAAGGCCAGGCUGGAUGUGGCUCUGGGCAGCCUGGUCUGCUGGUUGGCGACCCUGCACAUAGCAGGGGAAUAAAACGAGAUCAUCACUGUGGUCCUUUGCAACCCAGGCCAUUCUGUGAUUCCAGGCAGCAUAAAGUCACUGUUCCAUAGCAUAACUGCACGUUAACCUCACGGAGCUGAACCAAGCUGCACUCCUCAGGUCUCGACGUGCCUCCAAGGGGCAGGUCACAGCCGUGCCCCCUAAGCCAGGGCAGUGAUGAGCAAUGUUAGAGUGGGGUGCUUGGAAUGACAGCAGCCACGUGCCAGGCUGCAGAGAGCUGGAGCUGGGAGCAGGCAGCAGGAUGCCCGUGGUGCUGGGAGCAGUUGAUUGCUGAGCUGAUUGCACGUGGGUGGGGACGGAUCUGCCCAGCGCUGCCUUUUCUGAUGGCGUAGGGGCCAGAAUAUAAACUUCUUUAAAAUACCUCAAAUAGCUGUGAGCCACAAAAUGGAUGCAGUUUUGGAAGCCGUGACAUGAAUAGGUAGGAAACUCUGAGUGUGCUUUCAUAAACAAAUGCGAUGACUUAUUUGUGCCUCUCAGGAGCACCCAGCAUAGCAGGCAUGAAUUUGUGAGUGUGUGGAGCUGCCUGGCUUGUCAGUGAUGUGAUAAAGAGGCUGAUAAAGUGCUGCUGGAAGUCUGAUGAAAAUGAGGAGGCAGCUUUCUUCGUUCCACGAUCCACAUAGGAUGAAAUUUGGAUGUUGGGGGCGAGAAGCCUUUUGCCUGGUACGUAAAUGUAAGUAAUAGAGGUGUUAUAAAUGGAGCUAGGUUUCCUCUAAAACAGCUUAACCAGAGGGGAAAAAAAAUGCAAUAAAGGUACAUGUUUACAGUGGGACUUCCAAUUUACUCAUUUAAUUUCAUAUCCCAGGGCCACUGCACACAGUGAUUGCCACUGUCAGUAAAGUACUGAAUCAUUUUUUAUUAGUGUGAGUAAGCUCCAUUAGUGUGAGUUAACUCGGAAUGAUCCAGUGCACAUGUCAGCACUGGAGGCUGCUGAAUCGAACUCUGAAUGUGCCAAGAUGCCGUUCGAAGUGGAUUGCUGGGCUGAAUGCUUGGCAAAGGGAAGCUCUUGUGUUUCUUUCUAGGCCCUGAACCUUGUGGGAAGAGGAGCAGUGUUUGAGGGGCUGCUGCUGACCAUGGCUGGGGAUUGCUGAUGUUGCAGUUUGGCCCCGUUACCCACUCCUUACUGUUCCUUGCAGGUAGCGUAGAAUCACUUGCAGGCUGGACACAGCAAAGGAUUGGCUGCUUCUCUCCAGAGCGAAACCUUCUCUGACAAGCAUGGAAUUGGUGAUUAAUUUAAGCAAACAAAGGCUGUAGUACAGCUGCUUUUUGUGUACACUGUGAGAAAACUUGAAAUAACCAACUCACAUACCAGAUCUGUGUCGUAGUGUUUUACACAUUAAAAUAAGCUAAAUACUAACAUACUAGAAGGAGCAUGUGUUGCUUUCGUUUGCAUAAUAGUGGCUGUGAAAGUGAAGAAUUCUUAGCAAUCAAAGAAAUGACAUUGAAGAGCUUAAAAUACAGCUUUCAAGAGGGUUUAUUCUCAGAAUUAUUAGGCUGCACUUGAAAUAACUCAGGCCUUCAGUAACACAAAGGUGGUACAGCUCUGCCAGCGCAUGCAGUGUGACUGAAUCACCUUCUCUAAACGGAAUGAGAGAACUUUUUCCUUUUAUAGCAUGACGACAGCUGGGGCUCCUUAUCGCAGCUAUGCGUCAGGAUCUGGGUAGGUUAGAAGUUGUUUCACUUUCCUGCCCUGUAAAGAAGCCCUGAUGCUCCUCUUCCUUCCUUUAGGAGCGCUUUGGAGAAGCUUUGUGAUUGCAGGGCUUUGAGUGGAGGGGCUUCCGUUGGAAUUUUGCUACCAACUUAAAGCCUGGAAGGCUCCAUUAGUCCAUCCCCUGUUCCCUUCGGUCUGUGCCUGUGAUGUAGCUGUGCUGGAGGUGUCUGCUGCAGAUCCCCACUGCUGUGUGCAAACCCAGACACCUGCUUCUACAGCACUGAGGGCUCUCCAUCCGCCGUUGUGUGUGCAUAAAAGAAUUAGUGAAGAAAAUAGCUUUAAUGCAUUGCAGAAGAAUUGGGUGAGGUGUUUGGGCAUGGCCGUGCUAGCCAUAAAUAGCAAGUAAAGGAAGAAAGGGCUCGUACUUCAAAAAAUAUGUAUUUUUGGUGUUUCUGUGCGAGUGCUGCAAUGGAACUUGAAUUUGUGCCUGCUCUGAGGCAGGUUUCUGCUUUGGGACUGUCCUUACCAGCAGCUUUUGAGCUUGUCUGAGAAUUCCCUUCUCAGUGCCAUCCUCCAGAUUUUUGGAGGGACUGCAUUGGAGAAAGGGGGCUGUGUGCCUUUGCUGCUCUUGGAAAGAGAAUUGUGGUAUAAAACGAUCCCCCCCAAAACAUAGAUCUGAAACCAAACGUGUGAGCGCUGCUCCUCCCACUGCCGUUCUGCCCUCCUUCCCAGAGCUUGUUUUUCUGCUCGCUGCAGAAAACUCUGCCCUUGUUUUGGGAAGUGCCACAGUGCAGUUGGGACAUUGGGAGUGCACAACAAUGCUGCUGAAAGGAAUCUGAGCCACAGAGCAUGCUUUGUGCCACAGUUACCCAGAAACACGUGUGAAGGAAAGAGAUUGAAGAUGAACUCUUUCACCAGGUGCUGAAUGCUGUCUACAAACUACUUUGUCGAUGAAGGAAGAAACUGAUUGGGAUCUGAAGGCUCCAACUAGUUCGUAAUCCUGUUCAACAUGCGCAAAGGGGUGCCAAAGGACCCAGAAAUAGCUGACCUGUUCUACAAGGAUGAUCCUGAAGAGAUAUUUGUGGGUUUACAUGAAAUCGGACAUGGCAGUUUUGGAGCGGUUUACUUUGCUACAAAUUCCCACACUAAUGAGGUGGUGGCAGUCAAGAAGAUGUCCUACAGCGGCAAGCAAACCAACGAGAAAUGGCAGGAUAUCAUCAAAGAAGUCAAGUUUCUACAACAGCUGAAGCACCCAAACACCAUAGAGUAUAAGGGCUGUUACCUGAAGGAGCAUACAGCAUGGUUGGUUAUGGAGUACUGUUUAGGAUCAGCUUCUGAUUUGCUAGAAGUUCACAAGAAACCACUUCAGGAAGUGGAGAUUGCUGCCAUCACCCAUGGUGCCUUGCAGGGGCUGGCCUACCUGCACUCUCACUGUAAGAUACACAGGGACAUUAAAGCUGGAAAUAUUCUUCUAACAGAGCCAGGUCAAGUAAAGCUAGCUGAUUUUGGGUCCGCAUCUAUAGUCUCCCCUGCCAAUUCCUUCGUAGGAACGCCUUACUGGAUGGCACCAGAGGUGAUCCUUGCUAUGGACGAAGGACAGUAUGAUGGAAAGGUGGAUGUCUGGUCUCUUGGGAUCACGUGUAUUGAGUUAGCUGAAAGGAAGCCUCCGCUUUUCAACAUGAAUGCAAUGAGUGCCUUAUAUCACAUAGCCCAGAACGAUUCCCCUACGUUACAGUCAAACGAAUGGUCAGACUCCUUUAGGGGAUUUGUUGAUUACUGCUUACAGAAAAUACCUCAGGAAAGGCCAUCAUCAGCAGAUCUACUACGGCACGAUUUUGUUCGCCGAGAUCGACCACCCAGAGUCCUCAUAGACCUCAUACAAAGGACAAAGGAUGCAGUACGAGAGCUGGAUAACCUCCAGUACCGGAAAAUGAAGAAAAUCCUUUUCCAAGAGACGCGGAACGGCCCUCUGACCGAGUCUCAAGAGGAGGAGGAGGACAGUGAGCAUGGAUCAAACCUGAGUAGGAAGAUGGACAGUCUGGGCAGCAACCAUUCCAUCCCAAGCAUGUCUGUGAGCACAGGCAGUCAGAGCAGCAGUGUGAGCAGCAUGCAGGAGGUCCUGGAUGAGAGCAGCCCUGAACUGGUCAUGAUGCAUAGUGACGAGAGCACAGUUAAUUCCACUUCCUCCGUUGUUCAGAAGAAGGAUCAUGUAUUUAUAAGGGAUGAGGUGGGCCACAGGGAUCGCAGGCCUGAGGUGCGGCCUACCCAGUCGGUGCAGAAUCAGGCCCUCCACUACCGGAACCGAGAGCGCUUUGCCACGAUCAAAUCAGCAUCUUUGGUUACAAGGCAGAUCCAUGAGCAUGAGCAGGAGAACGAGUUGCGGGAACAGAUGUCAGGAUAUAAGCGGAUGCGGCGCCAGCACCAGAAGCAGCUGAUCGCCCUGGAAAACAAGUUGAAGGCCGAGAUGGACGAGCACCGCCUCAAGCUGCAGAAGGAGGUGGAGACGCACGCCAACAACUCGUCCAUUGAGCUGGAGAAGCUGGCCAAGAAGCAAGUGGCUGUGAUGGAGAAGGAGGCAAAGACAGCUGCAGCAGAUGAAAAGAAAUUCCAGCAACAGAUUUUGGCUCAGCAAAAGAAAGACCUGGCGACCUUUUUAGAAAGUCAGAAGAAACAAUACAAGCUUUGCAAGGAAAAGAUUAAAGAGGAAAUGAACGAGGACCACAGCACACCGAAGAAAGAGAAGCAGGAAAGAAUAUCCAAACACAAAGAGAACCUGCAGCACACACAGGCUGAAGAGGAGGCCCAUCUUCUCAGCCAGCAGAGACUCUACUACGACAAAAACUGCCGUUUCUUCAAGAGAAAAACGAUGAUCAAGAGGCACGAGUUGGAGCAGCAGAACAUUCGGGAGGAGUUGAACAAGAAGCGGACUCAGAAAGAAAUGGAGCACGCCAUGCUGAUCCGGCACGACGAGUCGACGCGUGAGCUGGAAUACAGGCAGCUGCACACGCUGCAGAAGCUGCGAAUGGACCUGAUCCGGCUGCAGCACCAGACUGAGCUUGAGAAUCAGCUGGAAUACAACAAGCGACGAGAGCGGGAGCUGCACAGGAAGCAUUUCAUGGAGCUCCGGCAGCAACCAAAGAACCUGAAGGCUAUGGAAAUGCAGAUCAAAAAGCAGUUCCAGGACACGUGCAAAGUGCAAACUAAGCAGUACAAAGCACUGAAGAAUCACCAGCUGGAAGUAACUCCAAAGAGUGAGCACAAGACAAUUCUGAAGAGUCUGAAGGACGAGCAGACGAGGAAGCUCGCCAUCCUGGCGGAGCAGUACGAGCAGAGCAUCAACGAGAUGAUGGCCUCGCAAGCGCUGCGACUGGACGAGGCCCAAGAAGCAGAAUGCCAAGCCCUGAGACUGCAACUCCAGCAGGAGAUGGAGCUCCUCAACGCGUACCAGAGCAAAAUUAAGAUGCAGACAGAAGCACAGCACGAAAGAGAACUCCAGAAGCUGGAGCAGAGGGUGUCACUGCGCAGGGCGCAUCUGGAACAAAAGAUUGAAGAGGAGCUGGCCGCCCUGCAGAAGGAACGCAGCGAGAGGAUCAAGUUUCUGUUGGAAAGGCAGGAGCGAGAGAUUGAAACGUUUGACAUGGAGAGCUUACGAAUGGGCUUUGGGAAUUUGGUCACAUUAGAUUAUCCCAAGGAGGACUAUAGAUGAGACGAAAUUUCUUUGCCAUUUAACAAAAAAAAAAAAACAAAAAACAAAAAAACCAACCAGACAAAAAAAAAAGCAAACAAAAUAGUUACCAAACUUGCAAAACCAACAUUCCCCAUGUUAACGGGCGUGCUCUCUCUCUUUCUGUCUCUCUUACUGACAUCGUGUCGGACUAGUGCCUGUAUAUUCUUACUCCAUCAGGGGUCCCCCUUCCCCCUGUGUCAAGGCCCGGUGCAGGACAGCUCCUGGCGGUCUUUUCCAUAGUAUGUCACAGUAUUGAUGUCUCUGUGAAAUGAUUAAAAAUGUUUCAGUGAAAAACUUUUGGAGACGAUUUUAAUGGAGAAAAGGAAAGUAAAAAAAAAAACCCAACCCAACCCAACCCAACCCCCAACCCAAGUGGCUGUUUGUUGCUUUGGAGCAAUCACUCAUUUUUCCACCGAUCUCUGAAAGUACAAGCAAAAAAAUAAUAAUAAUAAUAAUAAUCAGUGAUAGAUACAAACCCAGGGGGAGAGAGACGAAAUCCGCAGCCUUACCUGAACCAGCUGCUGCAUAAUUUUAUUUUAUUUUUAUUUUUGUGGUAUUUAUUCAUCAGGAAUAAUGAAAUAAUAAUAAUAAUAAUAAUAAAUAAUAAAAUUUUAUUAAAGAUGGGGAAAAAAAUAAACAUUUGAUACAUUUUACAGGAAGACAAAAAAAAAAAAAAAAAGAAACAAGCAAACCAAACCCCACCUGCCUCGUGCUGUACAUAGCAGUGGUGACGUCUGAUGAGUGCUGGGUGGGGGUGGGGGGUGGGCAGAGAUACGUGGUGCUUUCCAGGAGCACCGUGCCAGGCGGGGCAGCCCGCGCCCCUCGGCGUUACUCUUUGAUUGUAUCAUAAUCAUUUUCUGCUGUCGCAGAGAAUGUUGAAUACACUUAAAAAUAAAAAAUAAAAAAAUUAAAAAAUUAAAAAAAUAAAAUAAAAUUAAAAAAAAAAAAAAAAAGAGCCCACAGGAUCCCGGUAGCACAAAAUUGGGCUUUGUCAAAUCGUGUAUUUUGUGUAUAGAAGGAAUUUAAGGAGAGCUUUUACUUAUUUUCAUAUUGUAUUUUAACUGUUUCUCUGAUCAGAAAUUUUUUUACUUCUUCCCCCCCUUUUCCCCCCUUCCUCCCCUCCCUCCCUUCCGCCCCCUCCGCUUCAGUCCUUGCAGCCCAGCACUCCCACCCCAUCCCCACUCCUUUCUUUUCUCUUUUCUUUGGCUCCAUUUAAUUGUUUUCUUUUCUGAUGUUUCUGUUCCUCUCCCAAAUCCGCCCCCGGUCCCCCAUGAUUUCGGUCAUGAAUAUCGCAUUACUCACACUUUCAAACUGUGUAUUUUCUUACAAUAAAAAAAAAAAAAAAAAAAAGAUGGAAAAAAAAAAGAGAAAAAGAAAAAGAAAAAAAAAAAGGCUUUACUUCUUUUGCAUGCACUUUAAAUAAAAAAAAAGAGGAAAACGAAAAAAAAAAAGCAACAAAGAAAACAAAAGAGCAAAAAAAAAAACCCAACAAAAACGUUUUUUCAGGUUCAAAGGAAGAGCAUGGAGUAACUGUCAGAGCUUUUAAUUAUAUUUGUAAAUAAAAGUGUUCAUCACAGUG